AUGGUUAAAAUGCUGCUGUCAGGGAUGCGGAUAGGGAACAUCACAUCUUCCACCUUGACCCUCAACACCGGAGCCCCUCAGGGUUGUGUGCUCAGCCCUCUCCUCUACUCCCUGUUCACGCACGACUGCGUGAGAGGGGUCCUGCGCUUUGCCUCCUACUAUAGUGACCACAUGGUGCUGCAGAAGUCUCCAGAGAGAGCUGUAGUGUGGGGCUAUGGACCCGAGGGUGCACAGGUGAAAUUGAACGUGUCAGGACAAAACCAACAGAACAUCUCACAGGCUACAGUGACAAACGGUAUCUGGCGAGUCACCCUAGACCCUGUUGAAGCUGGUGGUCCCUACAAUGUGACAGACAUGAAGAACAGCACAGCUGUUCUGACAGAUGUGCUGUUUGGAGAUGUUUGGCUCUGUGGAGGGCAGAGCAACAUGUUGUUGAAAUUAUCUCAGACUUUCAAUGCAUCAGAGGAGCUGAAGCACGCAGCACAUUAUCCUCAUGUGAGGACUUUUAAGGCAUCCCUGGUCCAGAGUGGAACUGCAACUGAUGUGAUUCAAGUGGAAAUUCCCUGGUCUGUGCCGCCAGCAUAUCUGGCAGGUUUCUCUGCAGUGUGCUGGCUCUUUGGCCGUGAUUUGUAUGACAAGCUGCAAUACCCCAUAGGACUGGUGGAGUCCUGUUGGGGUGGCACACCUAUCGAAGCAUGGUCCUCUCCAAGAGCACUACAGCAGUGCGGACUACUACAGCAGCCUGAUGGCGGUCCCAAAGUGAAUUCAGUCUUGUGGAAUGCAAUGAUCCACCCGCUGCUCAAUAUGACUGUCAAAGGAGCCAUAUGGUACCAAGGUGAGGAUAACACAAUGUAUCAUCAAGAGAAGUACAACUGCUCCUUCCCUGCUAUGAUUGAUGACUGGAGGAUGGCGUUUCACCAGGGCUCAAGCGGGCAGACGGCUUUCGAUUUUCCCUUUGGAUUUGUCCAGUGGCGAAUGGUCCAUCCCAGAGAUAAGCAGGACGUAGCCUUCAGACUGUCUUUGGGAGCAAGGGCAGUGGCGUAUGGUGAGCAGGACGUGGCCUUCCGUGGACCUUUCCCCAGCAAAAUCCUGUCCACUUCAAAGUAUCUCGAGGUAACCUACGACCAGAAAGUCUCUGUCGCUCCAUCUGAAAACAUCUUUGAGGUCUGCUGCUCAGAGAGUCAGACUCCAUGUGGUCCUAAGUCUCGUUGGGUUCCAGCUCCCAUCAUGCAGUGGGAUCCGACCACUGUCCAGGUAUCGACCAGUUUGUGUUCGCCCACUGAAGAAGUAGCUGCUCUGCGGUAUGCAUGGAGAGACUGGCCCUGUGACUUUAAGGCCUGUCCAAUCUACAGCGCCAGUAAGAUUUUACCGGCUCCUCCUUUUAUUGCUGACCGCCCUCCAGCCAGAGGAAUCAAUGAACUGUAAGAAGACCAAAUGAUGAAAAGUGAGCAUUUGUUUAAGUCAACAUACGGUGAUCAUUUAAUUAAGUGCAAGAAGAAUAAUGCUGCUAUGUUAUGUCUUAGUUUGAAAGCUUGGCAGUUCUACCUGUCAGCAUGGUGGAAUCCACUUAAUACGUUUUAUUUUAUUUUAAAAUAGAGAUAAUAGAGAUAAUUCUGAAAUGAAAAUACUGAAGAUCAGUCAAUUUGUAGCAGUUCUUUUGUAUGAUUGUGGAUAUUUCUGUAUCCUGUUACAACAACAAAUUGCUGGAGCGUAUGUAGAAAGCAUGACAAAUAUUUAAUUUGAACAAAACUCUAUAAAAAAAAGGUGUAUUACUUAAUGUUUGUACCAAUACAUGUCAAAUAAUAACCAGAAUUGUGUGUGUGUUGCAUUCUAUGCCAAUUUCUUUACCUUAAAGUAAAACAGAAACAGUCGAGAAAAAAUGUACUGUUGAUGAACUGGAAACAAAAUGUUAAAUGCAACUUUAUUUAGGGCACCAACAGUUCUAUAAUAAUGCAUGGCUGUGCAAUGUAUCAACACUUGUAUAUUUGAAAGCAUUAUUUACAUAAACAUAAACAAAAAUGUAAACUAUGUUUCUAUAAGUUUGCUGCUGACAAUGUUACUCCAUUCUUGUAGAUGUUUUCCUUGUAAGGAUGUUUGAAAUAUUGUUGUAUCAAUGUUUACACGUCACCAAGAAAUAUUUGUCAUGUUCUGCAUUUGGGGGGAAAUGUUGUUGGAAUAUAUGUUAACUCCAUAAUAAUCACUGUAACUAAAUGACCCAUGUGUAAAAUUGUCAUUGUUUGGGAGAUGCUUCAUAUUCUUCACGAUUCACAUGUGUUUACAAUGUUGUGGUGGUAGGCUAUGCUUUAUAAAGAUAAGAAAAUA